AUGGGCUCCACUCCUAGCAAGCCAAUAACACAACACACAGCAGACGUGCCGCCUUCGCUGCGGUUCUGCAGAGAAAGACAUAUGGUACUUGCGUCGGUAUUCUACAAGACGCGGUCUUUGAUGUGUUUCCCCACUCAACACUCGUUUGAGAAGUUUCUGAGUAACAGCCGGAAAAUUCGGGCGGAGGACGACGGCAUGGGCGUGCCCAGCCUGGUACUCGAAGACCCGUACCUCCUGUCACGGGUGUUCAAGGGCGAUGGGGUACGAUACCGGAUCUACAAGUACGUGCUGUGCUCGGCCUCAGACCCGCUGCCGCACCCCAGCUGCUCGGUCGUGUCGCAGGCCGACGACCGGAUCAUAUACAAAAUGCCGUUCUGCGAGGUGUACAAGGCGGUCCACGGCGGGCUACAGCCGGGAUACAGGCUAGUUUUCUAUACGCCGGACGGCUCACUGAACGUGGACCUCAUCAAGCACCGCACUUCUUUCGACAUGGACUCCCAGUUGGGCGAGUGGAACGUGAAGUGGGUUCGCAAGGCCAGGUCCCUGCUUCUUCCCGACAAAUUCGAGCUGUUGGUCGUGGGCUCUGUGGCGCCACCACCUCCGACCACCGCGGGAGCGCCUGGUGCUCACCGCUCGGCCGCAUACGCGGCAACGCGCGCCUCGGGGGCCGCAGUGUGGGCUAGGUACAAAGACACGGAUACCGCGUUUCUGCCCAAGAUCACCAGAAAGCUUGCUUCUUUAAACGUGGGUGAGAUCGAGAUUGAGUCCAACGCUGCUUCCUACGGGCUAGACGAGAUUCCGUGGUACACGCAAGUGAUUGCAUGCAUGUCGCUUGUAAUUUGCACCCUGCAGCAAGACCGCAAAGAGAAAAGGAGACGCAACAACUCGAUGUAG